AUGUGUACUUGUGAUUUGACUAUAAUCUAUCUAUCUAUCUAUCUAUCUAUCUAUCUCAGUUCUACCAUUAUCUAUCUAUCUAUCUAUCUCAGUUCUACCAUUAUCUAUCUAUCUAUCUAUCUAUCUAUCUAUCUAUCUAUCUAUCUAUCUAUCUCAGUUCUACCAUUAUCUAUCUAUCUAUCUAUCUAUCUAUCUAUCUAUCUAUAUAUUUGGAAAGAAAUCUUAUGCAAAAUGCCUGCUUCACAAUUCAAGUCUGUUUCCAAGUGGCGGGAGAAAAAGUAUGAACAGAUGAUUCUCGAAAUAAAGCUUCAAGAAGAGAAACAGAAAAAAGAGCAACAAAAUUUGCAUUUGGCAUUGGAGAAGAAGAAACAAGAAAGAGAUAUUAAUAAACAAAAGAUUAGAGAUUACCGGAACAGAAAAAUCACACAACAACAAGAAGAAUCAGAAAAGUGGCUGAAGCGCCUUGAAGAACUGCAUGAAGAACUUGCUGAACAAGCCAAGCAUGAUUGGAAGCGUAUCAAGUAUCGGCAAGAGCAACUCCAGAAGAAAGUUGAAAUGCAAGAAAAGCUAAUGUUAGAAAAGACAGAAGAAGAAGCAGAAAAAGAGAAAAGACUGGAGGCUUUAAGAGAGCAGGUGCGUGUCAUUGCUGAUUGGAAUCCUGCACGAGUUCACUAUGGCACUGAGGUAAGUUUUCAAUUCAUUCUGAUUUGA